CAACUGAAAAUCAUGCUUUAAUAUAUAAGAUUUUCCACUAACAUAGAUUCCUUUACUCAGAUACAAAUUAUAGCGCUAUGCGAUCACAUUCGUCGAAAGGUAUAAAGGUAUCGAUCUUAAUAUGAUUUUUAUACAGGAAUUGCAUAGGUUGGCACAAGCAAUGUUUUUAAAGGCCAAGGGAUUGUUAUAUUUUACUUGAAGCAACAGGAGUCUCUUAAGGCGGGAUUCCACCAAGGCAACAUUCUGGCAACAUGUGGCAUGCUACAUUGUCGCAUGGGCUAAGUGUGUUUCCACCAGUUCAACAGAAGGCAACAUGUAGCAUGCGAUUGUGUGGCAUGAGACAGGUGGCAACAUGUUGCCGUGUUGCCUGACGCAUGCGACAAGAUUUAGCCUGUCGUCUAGUGUUGAACGCCUUCCCACCAGUCGCGGGAAGGAUUCCGUAUUGAAAGGCAACACGAUGAAUUGGUCACAAGAAAAAAAUAUAGAAUUCAUAGAAGAGUAUAGAAAACUUUCAGUUCUGUGGGAUGUACGCUUGCAAGAGUACAAGAAUAAUCAGGCAAAAUUAGAUGCACUGCGGGGAUUAGCUGAGAAAUACAAUUGUGACGUGGAGAUGCUGAAGAAAAAGAUCAAGAAUUUGCGUACAGCUUUUCGCCGGGAACAUAAACGCCUAACCCAAAAAAAAUCUGGAUCUUCUCCCAUCAAGACAGGCAAGUGGUUUGCUUAUGAACUGCUUUUGUUCCUCCUGGACGUGGACACCCCAAGGCCUGGCUACUCAUCUCAAGCUGAACCUCAGACUGAGCAAUCACCAUGCAUUGAGGAUGAACCUGGAGGGGAUGAUCCUACUGAAACACUGGGAACGUCAUCGACUCUGAAUGCAGAAGCUCCUGAAGCUUCACAGGAAGCUGAGAAAGGCGACAGUAAUGACGAUGGCAAAGAGGCAAGCAACAAAAGAAGAGGACAGAGCUGGAAAAGAAAAACUGUUGAUGAUGAACGAGCUGAAGAGGCAUACCAGAUUUUGAAAGAUAGUGUGAAAAGGGAUGACUGUUCUAUUUAUGCUGAACAUGUUGCAUGUGAAAUUCGGAAACUUGAUCCAAAGGCCCAGGCAAUUGUGAAACACUUAAUUAACAACAUCUUAUUCGAAGCUGCUAUGGGGAAAUACGACAGUGGUGAUCGCUCUCAUCAAUUUGGUUUGCCUCCAGCGCAUCUUUUUCAUACCAGUGCCUCUUCAUCCCAUCAUAACCCCAUUGCCUCUGAUUCUUCUGCCUCUACUCCCCGCCACUCUUUCUACAGUGACUCCUCUACCCCUGACUAUGACCAUGGGGCAUCAACAUCAAUCUCGAAAUCGCCAUCAAUAUUUGCUCAACUAGGAAAUCAGUCACACCAAGAAUCUGUUGUAACACCAGCUUCACAAGGAUUUGUUGCUCAGUUAGAUAAUGAAUAUCAUCCACAUUUUGUUCAGACAGAUAAAGAACCUGAGCAACACCAUAAUGAAACAGACGUGGAUGGGUCCUUGAAAUCACAACAGCCACCUGGAAUUAAAGGUAAACCAUCCACAGAGAAAUAUAGCAUUGAAGAAUUCCAAAGACAAUUAAAACGUUUAAAGAAAGAGAAGAAUAUUCUCCUAAAAAAAAAUAGACUAUGGGCCAAAGAAAUCAGAGAGGCAAGGAAACAGAUGUCUGAUCUCCGUUAUCACAAUGAAUUGAUGGCAGAGGAGCGUGAUAAGGCUCGUAAAGAAAGGGAUGCUCUUCAGUUGGAGAAAAGACAUCUGUUGAAGGCACUGGAUGAGGAGAGAAAAGAGAAGGAGGCUCUGGUUGCAAGGAAGAAGCAGAAAGGAGCAGAACUUCAGGAGACAGUUACAGAAAGCAGUGGAAUACCGGAUUGUCCAUUGAUGGAAACACCAACAGUGAAUGUAAUUAAUGUUAAAAACGAGGAUGACAUGUCGCACACAGAGGACCAUAAAGUGGAAAUGAAAGAUGUAGAAAGUGAGGACACAGACAUUGAACCAAAGAUGGAAGAGGAGAUCACAAUCAAGGAAGAGGAAAUGGAGUGCAAUGAUCCAUUAUUGACUUUCCCAUGCAAGUUUUGUGAGACCGUGUAUGCCACCAAAUGUGACCUGGAAAAUCACAUAAAAGAGGAGCAUGAGAGAGGAGACCUACUGAGCUGCUGCAGUUGUGAGAAAAUGUUUCAUAAAGAUAUUGAACUUAAGCUCCAUGAAGUAGUACAGCAUCAGGCAAAGUUAUGUAAGAAAGAGAUGCCUGCCAAGCGCGCCUUCAGAGAUGCCUGGCUGGAAGACAGCAACUUCAAGGGCUGGUUGAAGAAGGUGGACGGCAAUCACCAGAAAGCGUUUUGUGAAGCGUGUGGGUAUCAUCUCAGUGCCGAGAUCUCCGCCAUCAAGCGACACAAAACAUCUCGUAUUCACUGCACUAAUAUGAUUCCAUUUUAUGCUUCCCUUUCAUCAAGUACAAAUACCUCAGCAGUUAGUAAAUAUGACAUGACAACAAGGGCAGAAGUUAAAUUUUUUUCAUACUUUGAAGAGCAUAAGAUAUCACUAAACAGUUUUGAGCAUUUUAAAAAUAUAUUGAAAGAUGCUGUGCCAGAUUCCAAAAUCAUCCAAAGCAUGGCACUUAAAAACAUAAAGCAAAGGAAACCAAAAAAUUUAUAAUCUAUCGCAUGCAAUUAUAAUAAAAGAACUCCAAAAUAAUUAAAUUUCUUUAAUUAUUGAUGAGGCAACUGGUAAAUGCACAUACAAAGGUAUGCUAUAGUUUGUAGACAUUUCUAUAACCAUACACCGAAGUAUAACAACCAAGCUCCUAGAUCUAAUAUAAUUUUUUAACAAGAGAAUGAAGACGUUUACUCGACAAUGACAUUCCACCACACUUAACCAUACUGAAGAGUUUUACAAAGUCCUCUUGGAACUGACGAAUAGAAAAGAUGUUUCAACCUCUAUAAUUAGGUAUGCCAAUUUUUGCUCUUGGUGUUCUUGACCUGCCGGCAUCGAACGCCGAUGCAGAGAGGCUAUUUUUCCAAAGGAGAAUUGAUUAAACGGAAGUCUAAAAUGAUGCCAUCUUUCUGGACGUGUGAAGGGGUCGAGAAGCCACGUCACGAUUCAGCUGACGACUGAAGUGAUAAACGCAGCACAAAAACCUGUCCAGGAUCGAAACUUUGAGGAUUAACUAUUAAUGUAUUUUAGACUGAUGUAGAUAAUACAAAUAUUAAUCUGCUGUUUGAGAUUACUUGUUCAAUUGAUUUAUAAUGCAAACACUUUUGUAUGUGUAAAAUAAAUUUAACGUUGUUUAGUAUGUUUUAUUUCUGCUAAUUUCCUUUCACCGUACUACUCGAUUUUCAUGUACCAGAGAUAAUAGGGAAGUUAUAUUUUUUCACUACCAUUGGCAACCUUAACUUACAAUAUUCUCUUGUGUGUAUAGGAAAAAAGGUUUGAAAUGACAAGUUAUGACUGACGAGAAAAUCUAAAGCAAGUUACCAUUUACUGUGCAUUAAAAAAAAGUUUCAUUGAUAUUACUAAACCGCACUUACGAUAAUAAUUUUAUCGUAAUCUUUAUUAUUACUC